AUGUCCAAUCCGCCAUUACAACAAGCUCAAGAACAGCCAUUCAAGGACACAAUUUUGACGAUCCUGAAUAACCAAAAUGCGCUGAUGGCAAGGUUAGCAGAGCAGAUGGAGGGUAUCCAAGGAAGUGUCCAAAAUACAAACCGGAACGAAUAUAUCCUCGAUUCCUUAGCGACGAAUAUCACGGAAUUUGUCUACGGUGAAGAAAAAGGAUGUUCUUUCGACGCUUGGUUCUCACGGUACACGGAUCUUUUCGAAAAAGACGCUGCACAGCUACAGGAUGACGCAAAAGUUCAUCUUCUACUCAAAAAGCUGAGUCCCACCGCACACGAACGAAAUACUUCGUUCAUACUUCCUAAACUUUCGAAGGAAUUUACGUUUGAUGAGACCAUUGCCAAGUUUAAGAGAAUUUACGGCACGCCCGUGUCUACCUUUCAUCGUCGAUAUCAAUGCCUUCAGACGAGGAAAGAUGAGAAUGAUGAUUUUAUCAGCUACUCUUGCAAGGUCAACCGUGCGUACGUCGAUUUUAAGCUCCAGGAACUCAAAGAGGAGCAGUUCAAAUGUCUGAUAUUUGUGUGUGGACUCAAAUCUUCCAAGGACUCUGAUAUACGGAUGCGCUUGUUAUCGAAAAUCAACGAGACGAACGACAUCACAUUGGAAAAAGUAGUGGAGGAUUGCAAAAGCCUCAUAAAUCUGAAGAAAGAUACUGUUCUCAUCGGUGGUCAAACAUCGACAUCCACCGUCGCCGCUACGAAGGCCUACAUAUCUCGCUCUCCGAAUCAUCGCAAAAAGGGAAACUGGGGCAAUACCAAAAGCAAAGGAGACGCACCGAAGACGCCUUGUUGGUGCUGUGGUGGUAUGCAUUUCUCCAGCCAGUGCAGUUUCAAGGAACAUAAGUGCCGGGACUGCGGUCAGACGGGGCACAAGGAAGGCUACUGUGGGUGCUUCAAGCAGCGAUCGAAGUUCAAUAAAGGGAAGCAGCAGCAUAAACCAAGGCACUCGAAUAAGAUCGUCGUGGUAAAGGAUGUGAAGCGGAGCCGUCGGUACGUCGAAACCAACAUCAACGGUGUGCCAGUGAACCUUCAACUGGAUUCCGGGUCCGACAUAACCAUCAUUUCUAAACAAAAUUGGAUCAGAGUCGGGGCACCACAGACGUCACCACCCGACUGUCAGGUGCAGACUGCUUCGGGAAGCAGGCUUGCUAUCGAUGCGAUGUUCCGAGCCUCCAUCACCAUCGGCAAUACCCAACGGGAAGGCUCAGACUUGUUGGACGAGAUUGGCCUGUGGGACGUUCCAUUUUCGUCCUUCUGUAAGCUGGUUGACACCCAACAAGAAGACCAGCAGAUCGCCGAGUUGAGGGCCUUGUUUCCAGACGUUUUCACGGAACGCAUGGGCCUCUGUACGAAAACGCAAGUACAUUUCACGCUCAAGGAGGGAGCUCAACCAGUAUUCAGGCCUAAGCGACCGGUAUCAUACGGUAUGGAAGUGGUCGUCGAAGAUGAGCUGAAUCAUCACGCCGGUUACGUAUGCAGAUUGGGCAGCACCGAUUGUGGUGAGUCAAACAGCUAUCCUCUGCCUCUUCCGGAGGAUAUCUUCAAUCGAAUGGCAAAUUGCACUAUAUUCAGUCACAUCGACCUGUCCAACGCCUAUCUACAAGUUCCCGUAGACGAGGAAAGUCGCAAAUUGAUUAAUAUCAAUACCCACAAAGGACUGUACCGGUUCAACCGUCUCUCACCCGGAAUCAAAAGCGCACCGGGAGCGUUCCAACAGAUCAUGGACACGAUGCUAUCCGGCAUCGAAUGUACGUCACCCUACCUUGACGACAUCUUGAUCGGUGGCCGGAAUGCGGAGGAACAUAGACGAAAUUUACAUUUAGUCCUGCAACGCAUCCAGGAGUAUGGGUUCACCAUGAAGAUCGAAAAAUGCCGGUUCUUCAUGCACCAAGUUAAAUACUUGGGCCAACUUCUGGAUUCCGAGGGCAUACGCCCUGAUCCAGAUAAGGUGAAGGCAAUAAUCAACAUGCCUCCGCCAAACGAUGUACCCACCCUGAGAUCCUAUUUAGGGGCGAUUAAUUAUUACGGCAAAUACACCCGAGAGAUGCGGAAACUUCGCCAACCGCUGGAUGAGCUCCUCAAGGAGGGGGCCAGUUUCCAGUGGACAGAUGCAUGUCAACGUUCAAUCAACCGUUUCAAAGAAGUUUUGCAAUCACCCCUCAUGCUGACUCACUACAAUCCUCGCCUAACGAUGGUAGUGUCAGCAGACGCAUCAAAUGUGGGAAUAGGCGCCCGCAUUGCUCAUCGAUUCCCCGACGGGUCGGAAAAGGCAGUAUACCAUGCAUCCCGGAGUCUGACUCCCGAAUCCCGCUAUAGUCAGAUCGAGAAAGAGGCGUUGGGCCUCGUAUACGCCGUAACAAAGUUCCAUAGAAUGAUCUACGGCAAACAUUUCAUCCUGCAGACGGACCACAAGCCUCUUGUUGUCAUUUUCGGCUCGAAACAAGGGAUUCCACCUUACACCGCCAACCGUCUCCAAAGAUGGGCACUCACCAUGUUACUCUACGAUUUCAAAAUCGAGCAUAUUUCUACGGAUCAUUUCGGGCACCAUUUCGUUUCAUUUAUUCAAAAACGUCAACAGGCUUUACAUAAGUGCCCUAAUGAUCGACCUUACUACUAA